AUGAAGAGUUCAUUUGCCUUUGUCGUCGCCUUCCUGGCUGUCAAUGUCCUCUCAAUACCUAGUUUCCGCAGUGUCUUUGGUCUUGAGAAAAGACAAGCUGGACGAUGCGGGACAGGUUUUGGAGGCGUAUGCGCUGCUAAUGAGUGCUGUUCCAGCGCUGGUUGGUGUGGAACUGGGUACCUUUACUGCUCCGCUCCGUCAUGUCAGAUAGAGUACGGCCCUGGCUGUGAUGCGAAUGUGAGACCUACUGGUUCUGAUACUACCAAUGUUGCGAGGCCAAAGGUUGGAAGCAUUCCAUAUGGGCAGGCGAUUUAUCGAUGUAACCGAAACGGUGAUAUUGCUUUGACGUACGAUGAUGGUCCGUAUACUUAUACCGAGGAUCUGCUUGACCUGCUCCAACGCUACAAUGUCAAGGCAACAUUCUACAUCACAGGUCGUAAUCUUGGCAAGGGCGCCAUCAAUGAUCCCGCAACCCCAUGGCCUGGCCUGAUCCGCCGCAUGGCUCGCGACGGUCACCAGAUCGCCAGUCAUACAUGGUCUCACCAGCGCCUUACUACCCUGUCACGUUCCAAGUUCUGGAACCAGAUGAUCUUCAACGAGAUCGCCUUUGCAAACAUCCUCGGUUACUUCCCAACGUAUAUGCGUCCCCCAUACUCAGCCAGCAACGCUACCACAGAUGCGUGGCUGGGUGAGCUAGGAUACCACGUCACUUACUUUAAUUUGGACACGGAGGGUUAUCUGCACGACAGUCCAAACACAAUCGAUACCUCAAAGCAGAUAUGGGAUACCACUGUAGAGGGAAAGUCCCCUGCUAGCAACAAGUGGCUUCACAUCGAGCACGACCCUGUGUACCAAAGCGUAUACAACCUCACCGAGUACAUGCUCAAGUCUCUUGUCCGCAACAACUUCCGCGGCGUGACAGUCGGCGAGUGCCUUCAAGAUCCCAAAGAAAACUGGUACCGUCAAGUCAGCCCCUCGUCUGCCUCGUCCACCACUACAGCGGCCACGAGCUCUGCGACGUUCCCACUGACCACGAACGGACGCUGCGGUUCUCGACACGGCGGGGCAACGUGCAGAGGAGAGUUCAACGGCGAGACGUGCUGUUCACAGAACGGGUGGUGCGGGAGUACGGAUGCGCACUGCGGGAGAGGAUGCCAGCCUGUUUUCGGGACGUGCAGUGGGGUUUCGGAGCCGGCGGGGCCGGAGCCGACUGCAACGAACCCGGGGCGAUGCGGUCCUAAUUUUGGAGGGAAGAGGUGUGAUCAGUGGGAUCCGUGUUGCUCAAGAGCUGGAUGGUGUGGAACUUCGAGUGAUCACUGUGGAACUGGAUGUCAGAGCGCAUUUGGAACAUGCAAUUAA